AGCUGUCAUACCUAAAAUAAAGGGAACGAGAGCCAAGCAAGCGACUUUCCUAAAAUUACGAAUUAUUCAUAAUAAUGGCGAGCUAUAUUGCUAGGAAGGGACCUUUGGUAUUCUCCAACCUGGGCAAGUGGGCCUACAACUUGUCCGGAUUCAACCAAUAUGGUCUGCACCGUGAUGAUUGUCUCUACGAGAACGAAGAUGUUCAGGAAGCAAUCCGCCGCCUUCCACGCAAAUUGUACGAUGAGCGCAACUACCGCAUAAUUCGUGCUUUGCAUUUGUCUAUGACGAAAACCAUUUUACCUAAGGAGCAGUGGACCAAAUACGAAGAGGAUGUUAAGUACUUGGAACCCUAUCUGAAGGAGGUUGAAAAAGAGCGCAUCGAGCGUGAGGAGUGGAACAAGAAUCAUUGAAUUCUUCUUACUGGGCGGAUUUGUAAAUGUUGAAAAUACAUAGCUUAGAUUCAAAUUAAAA